CUUCCUCUCUCCGGCGAUUUGCCCAUACUCCGAUCAUCUAGGGCAAAUCGUGGCACGGUCAUAGAUUAACUUAACCGCCGGAGUAGGAUACACCUUGUAUUCUGAUUCCGCCGGCUGUUUCGUUUUCUUCCAUGCCUUUUCCGGACAGGUUUUGUUGACAUAGGAUAACAAUAUGGCGAAGGUAGCAGGACCUGCGACAUUACCUUCUCUACAAAUUGGUGGAAAUACUCUCAAAGUUGGACCAAUGACUAAAAGGAAAACACCAUCAGAACUUAGAGGAGAGCAGUUAAGGAGGAAAAAUAUUAUAGAAGAUGAUGAGUCUCAUCUUCCAAGCAGUAGUAGUCAGAUGGAUAGUGGCUCCAGAAAACCAGAUCUACCUAGGGUUCCUAGAUACAUUGACACCCGCAUGGAUGGAGUAUAUCCUGCCAAGAAAACCAGGUUCAGUAUGCCGACUAAAAAUGGAAAUGACAAGGAAAAUGGUUUAGCUCAGCAACUUUUCAGCCUGCAGAAAAUUUCUGCAUCUUCAAAUUUGUUUGCUGAGAGAAGACAACAACCAGGGCAAGAGGAUUCUGUUGCUUCUUCUGAUGUUUGUAAGGAUGAUGCUGGGCAAGCUGCCCAACGUUCACUUGCAAAGUGUAAUCAGGGUACAUUUGUUAGUGUUACUCUGCUUUCUUCAGGUGGUGAAAGAUCAUCAGGCUUGCCAGCUGUUGACUUGGAUAAAGCGUUAAAAGGACUAGCUGCUCAUGAACCAAUUUCUAGCUUACCCAAUGAGCCUUCUGAAAGAUUGGAUGAUCAUUCCCCAACUGAAAAAUUUUGCUCUGAAUUCAAUGUGCCUGGCCAAAAGAUUCCUCUAGAUCUUACUUUGAAAACUUUUGUGCGGUUGGUGUCCUCGUCCUCUGUCAACUGGUUUCAUAGAUCAAUCGUGUGCAGUACCUAUAAUGGUGUACCUCAGUUUACAUCCCAGUCUGGCUGUUCUCAGGGUCAAAACAUUAGCAAUAGCUCAGAGCCCAGACUGACUUCCCAAAUGCUAAAUACACAAGCAUUGCAUUCAUGGGUUUACCCUCAAUCUACACUGCCACCCUCUGUCAUAUCAGUUUUGGCCUCAGCAGCAGAUGGAGUGGAAAUGGAUUUCUUGAGAAAACGACAGCGAGUGUGGGAGGAUUCAUUUCGAAGUCUUUACUACAUGUUUCGGAAGAACUGUUGUCAUAUCUUUUAUGUAUGUACUUCCCAUUUUGUGGUGAUGUUCACUGCUGCUGAUGAUUUGGAAAGCAGCAGGCGCACUUGCAAUGCUUAUAUUUCCAAGUCAACUGGAAGUUUGAGGUCAUUGUUGAAACAACAUGAUAUUUGUUUCUCUAUGCCUCUUUGCCAUUCUAAAGUAGAGCAAGUAACAACUGAAGAUUUGGUGGAGCUCUCAGAAAUUGAGAAGCAUAAUUUGGGCCAGGCUCAACGCCAGAAUAGUUUCUCUGAAGUAGACAAUACACCACAAUCUUUGCUGGCUUUUAGUGGAAAUGAGAACGUACAUGGUUUAUAUGAAAUUUUGUUAAAUUAUAGAUAUUUCUUGACCUUUUUGGCGGCUUCAGAUGUUCCUAUGCUGUGUUCUCCCAUGCAAUUUCAGAAUGCUGCUAUUUCUACUCCAGAGGUUAGAUGCAUGGAGAUAAAAAGAGUUGAUCAUGUUGCUGAUCUGAAUAGAGGAUCUUUCCACAAAAAUGGUAACAGCAUACAAAACCCAUGUACUGAUGUUUGCCAUUGCAUUGAAAUCAAGGAUACAUAUCUUCCACCAUGGAUUAUCAGCAGUGUAUGUGCAAUCAUGGGUUCUGAAGGGAGAAGCUUUGAGGCCAGCUUCACGACAGAAUGCACAUCCAUUGGUCUAAAUGUUGCUCUUGGGGCAGUCUCUGAGAAAACUGAUACUGAAGAAACAGUUAGCCAAAGCUCACAAAAAACAACUAAUGCCUUCGGUAUUUCAGAAACUUUUGUUUCUCCUUAUCUAAGUUCAGGUCUACUAAAAAGCUUGAAUUAUUCCAGUGGUUCCUACACUGUUUCUCUAUCGUCCGUAUGACAAUGAAGGACUAUUGAUAUUUGAUAUCUAUCAAGAGAAGCAUAUUUUGUUCUCUACUUUGAUGCUUCUGUUUUCGUUUUAGUUGCAUUUAACUUGUUCCUUGUAUAAUCUCAAUUAACAGACUAUUGACUAUAAUCAACUAAUGCCUUUUCU